AGCGAAAAGAAAACUUUAUUUUGAAAUGACUUUUCUCGCAGCUGGGACAUAGCACGUGUCACAUCGGGCUCUCUAGCCCGUUCCAACGUUUUUCCUGCGACAAUAUUCCUGCCAUGGCUUAUUACAGAGACCCAUAUUUCGCGGCAGAGCCUUUCGAAGAGCAAUAUGGCAGGACAGGGAGUCGGAAAGAACCAUCUGCCGAGGCGUUGAAAGCAUUCUACGCAGAUAUGGAAAAGAAAGAGCUCGAAAGAAAGCUAUCCAAGCGGUCCAAGGGCAGCAUCUUCAAGCGAAAGUCGGCUAAGCCAAUCGCCGAGCCACCCUCAGCAGGGCAUCCUCAACAACACCCAUCACUGUCACCAACGCCCGCCAUAGAGGACUCAGACUCGGUCAAGGACAUGGAGUCCCUGGAAUACAGUGAAAGGACAGAUUCACUCGCUGCUCUCCCCACCGGUCGUUCAUUAGUUCCAGAUCUUCUGAAAACAUUACCUGAAUGGUACUCUAAGGACCAUAGUUCAGCCGCCGCCGCUUUCAGGAUGCGAUACCCAAUUUACAAUCCCGUUGGCCCUCGUUAUUACAGGAAUUUUCACCUUAUUCCUCCUUCAGAACUCAGGCGAACUGCUCGUCCACCCACAGUCUUUUCUCCAUUCUUUCCACCGAUGACGACCUCAACGCACGACCGUUCCGAAGAUUCCACCCGCCUUCCAACUCCCAACAGCAGAACACCUUCCGGCUCACCAUCACCUCUUCCCACUCCUAGUUCCUCACAAACACGUGUAACUGACGGAGCUGGCAAACCCAGAUCCCGAAAAACGUCGCAGACCGCUCACGAUGGCGUUGACCUACUCGAUGUUUCCGAUCCUUGGGGCACAAAUUGGCACCAUGAAUCACCAUAUGACGUGGGUUUGGGGCAUGGUCCGGUAUCAGCAGAGGUCGAGGCGAAGAAUCAAACUCGUUCUCGCCGCUCCAGUAUGACGACACGGGAAACACGCCGCAGGACUAUAAACCCCUCACCCUUAUCCCAAUCUACAUCAGCCAUCCACCUUCAAGUACCAGAGAUGGAUGGCGUUCGAGUGACUCGCAAACUGAGCAAAAGGCGCACACCAUUAUGGAGUGUUAUGUUUGGAGCCAAGAAAUCUGACGGCGUAAAUACAGUGCCCAUAGAUCCCUCAGAAAUUAGUCCAGAUGCGGUGCAUCUCAAUCACAAUCGAGCAUCCUCCGUCCCCCUGCCAAAGCAAGCCCGACGAGGCAGUGUCCUUGGACGCCUCGCCAAGAAAUUUAGUGUUACAAGAAAACCACCCAAUGUCUCAGAUUUAAUGGAUCAACAGGACUCGCAAAAUGUACAACACCCCGACCGGCAGCGACAGUCGUUAGUACAAGAGAGACAGCCAUCCCCAGAGAAACUGCAGAGACGCGUUCCUCCACCAGCAAUCGACGCCACGGGUCUCCUCGACGACAUUGCAAAUCAUCGCGACCCUUCGUCUUCAACACCACAUCAAGAUCGGGGCUCGUAUGUUUCGGUAGAGGCAACUCCAUAUUCAAUAGGGAGACUCACAGUCGCAAACCCAGAUUUACCUAACUCCGAAGCCAGCAUGACGCCGGCGCAAGGAACGACGCCUUUACUCCCCGAAAAGAAUGAGCAGCUACUUCGAUCUGUGCAUAAUGACCCGGAAACUCCAGUAUCUUCAUCGUUUAUUACUUCGUUCUCAACAGAAGCUGCCUUGCGAGUCUCAAACCCUUCACCACCUUCACCCACCGGCGCCGAUUCUUCGCCGAACCUCUCCUUCUCUCAACAAACCACCAUUCCACGUACACUGUCUCCUGAGCCUCCUGAGCCUAUCGAAAAGUCACCCACACCCAUUCUGCCCCGAGUCUUGUCCCCGGACUCAAAGGUACUUACACAACACCCCCAGUCAAGGUACUCUUUAGAGGAUAAGCCGUUACCGAAGCCAUCCGACCAUAAACUCAAUCCAGAAGUUCAGUCCAGAGUCAACUCUAAAAGGCGACAGCCGUCGUCCGGCAUUGCUCCUCCACCACCCUCAACCACGACGAAACCAAAAUCUCUUCCACCUCAACAAAUACCGUCAACCGUUCCAUUCCCCGCACCUCAUAUUUCCAAACUGCCCUCUCAAGAUUAUCCUCAUGCUGCUUACCUGGCGGCAUAUAUAUCGGAGAGCGAUUUUAGCAACUCACCCCUCUCAACCGCGUCGAUGUUGGCCAACCCACCUACACCCCAGAUGCCCAAGAAUAUCCCCAUUGAAUCUUCUACGGAAUCAGAACCCCCUCCCCGCGUUCCAUCCAAACGUUUAUCCAAGCCCAAGGAGGAGAACAAAAAGUCAAGGGAACCGUCACCUGGGAUCAGCGCGGUGACCUCCCGCGAAACCGAGACUUUUAAACUGGUAAGGAGUGCAUCAGGUAACGUGUAUGCUUCCACACAAACCAUUACAGCUGCGGGCGAACAAUGGGAAGUUGUCGAAGACUACGGUGGCAAUGUAGGGGAGACAUCACAAACAAGGAAUGAUCAGAAGUCAAGUAAGCGGGAUUCUAAUGAGCGGGUGAGUCGGAAGGAGUCAAGAAAGCUUGAGAAAGAAAGAACAAAGGCAGAGAGAGACGGUGAAAGAUGUUCACGAAGACGACGGUCUGCAGACAUGGGUGGCACAUCUUCCUCACCUCGGGGCAGUAGUACUGAGAGGCAGCAACAACGACCGCCCUCCGAGAGCUCGAAGAGAGACGAUCGCAAGGGUAAUCGGUCAAAAGAGCAAACUCGGGAACGUGGGAGCAGUCGGAAAGCCGUUCAAUCCAGUACUCCUCCAAUAGCCGUCAACAAGCCUCAAUCACCUUCGCCACCUACCCCCGAGCCAUCAACUCGUCCUUUAGCACGUAACCCUUCAACGUCGGCACGUCCGACUUCUGAAGUUCCGCCAUCGGCAGACUUGAACGCGCUCCGCGCCAGGGAGAUGUGGGAAAUGGAGAGACUGUACAAGGCCAGAAGUAUGACGGACAAUGCUGCUGCUACUAUUCCACCCAGCCCAAUGUCCACUGCUCAUGAACCCAGUUCUGAUUGGAAAGGAGGAGUACAUGGAUCGAGUCAUACGUCUUUCGUUGUUCAAAAUACCUUUCCCCAAGAACAUGCAUCCUCCUCUAUUCCUCAAAUAUAUCAUUCGCAUUCGAUGCCCCGACAGACGUCGCAAACUGCUCUAUCAGCGCAUGAGAUAUUUUCACACUCACCGAAUCCGUUACCUGAACCCCCUCGUCAGGUCGCAUCUAUUUCACCUGAACUUUGGUCUUCGUACACUAGUUUUGCACAUUAACGUUAUAUAUAUGAUACCUCUGCAUUGCGAGUACAUCCUACUGCUAUUAUUCUACGACGUGGGGACCUUUGGAUUCAUUCUGGUUUUCAAUUCAUCUUUGAGUUAUCUAAGUCUACUUUCAUGCUUUCUGCUUGAAAACUUUACACGUUUCACUAAUGGAGCAUCUGGAUUUUCUUUAUUUGAACCACCCACAACGAAUCAU